UUUUUCGUUAAGACACAGAGACAGAAACAGAGGAAAACAUUGCAAGGAAGAAGAAAAGAAGUAAGAACUACUGAACUACAACUAUGGAUUCGGAUUUCGGCGUUCCCAGAGAACUCUCAGAUCUGCAAAAGAAACGCGCUUUGUAUGAGCCAGAAGUCCCUCCUUGUCUCCAGGGAACAACAGUCAGGGUAGAGUUUGGUGACGCAACUACGACUGCCGAUCCUGCUGGUUCCCUUGGCAUCAUCCGGGCUUUUCCGCACACGUAUGGUCAGCCUUUAGCUCACUUUUUAAGGCCAAAGUCUCAGGUUCCUGAUGCCCAGAUAAUUACAGAUCAUCCAGCAAUCAGAGUGGGAGUGGUAUUCUGUGGGAGGCAAUCUCCUGGAGGGCAUAAUGUCGUAUGGGGUCUUUACAAUGCUCUUAAAAUUCACAACCCUAAUAAUGUUCUGCUUGGAUUUCUUGGUGGUUCUGAAGGUUUAUUUGCACAGAAAACUCUGGAAAUCACAGAUGAUGUUCUAUCUUCAUACAAAAAUCAAGGUGGAUUUGAUAUGCUUGGCAGGACAAAAGAUCAAAUAAGAACAACUGAACAGGUUAAUGCUGCAUUAGCCUCAUGCAAAGCUCUAAACUUGGAUGGCCUUGUCAUCAUUGGAGGUGUAACGUCAAACACCGAUGCUGCUCAGCUUGCAGAGACAUUUGCAGAAGCAAAAUGCACUACAAAGGUGGUAGGAGUUCCAGUUACAUUGUACGGAGACCUUAGAAACCAAUUUGUUGAAACCAAUGUUGGAUUCGAUACAAUAUGUAAGGUUAAUUCCCAGCUCAUUAGCAAUGUCUGUACAGAUGCACUUUCUGCUGAGAAGUACUAUUAUUUUAUCCGACUCAUGGGCCGGAGAGCAUCACAUGUUGCAUUGGAAUGUGCCCUUCAAUCACAUCCAAAUAUGGUCAUCCUUGGUGAGGAGGUAGCUUCAUCAAAGCUUACUCUUUUUGACAUAACAAAACAAAUUUGUGAUGCAAUUCAAGCAAGGGCAGAACAAGAUAAGUAUCAUGGGGUCAUCUUACUGCCAGAGGGACUUAUAGAGAGCAUUCCUGAAAUAUAUGCUCUUUUGCAGGAAAUUAAUGGGUUGCACAAGCAAGGAGUUUCUGUGGAUAAUAUUUCUUCACAACUUUCACCAUGGGCAUCAGCCUUGUUUGAAUUUUUGCCACAUUUUAUCAAAAGAGAGCUGCUCCUUCAUCCUGAAUCAGAUGAUUCAGCUCAGUUAUCCCAGAUCGAGACAGAGAAACUUCUAGCACAUAUGGUGGAGCAAGAAAUGAACAAGCGAUUGAAAGAAGGCACAUACAAGGGGAAGAAAUUCAAUGCUAUCUGCCACUUCUUUGGUUAUCAGGCCCGUGGGUCUCUACCAUCAAAGUUUGAUUGCGACUAUGCCUUUGUUCUUGGCCAUGUAUGCUGUCACAUUCUAUCAGCUGGUUUGAAUGGUUAUAUGGCCACUAUAACCAACCUGAAGAAUCCUGUAAACAAGUGGCGAUGUGGAGCUGCUCCAAUGACAGCAAUGAUGACAGUAAAGCGAUGGUCUCAUGGUCCAGGGGUUGCUUCAAUUGGAAAACCUGCUAUUCAUACUGCCAAUGUUGAUUUGAAAGGCAAAGCAUACGAGUUACUGAGACAAAAUGCGGCCAAAUUUUUGAUGGAUGAUGUGUACAGAAAUCCAGGACCUCUUCAGUAUGAAGGCCCAGGUGCUGAUGCUAAGACAGUGACCUUGUGUGUUGAGGACCAAGACUACAUGGGCCGGAUCAAGAAGCUGCAGGAGUAUCUUGACAAGGUGAGAAACAUUGUGAAGCCCGGGUGCUCUUUGGAUGUUCUCAAAGCAGCAUUGAGUUCCAUGUCUUCUGUCACAGAGGUUCUCUCUGUGAUGUCUGCUCCUUCGUUCAAUAGCCAGGCACCAAUCUAAGACUAAGAGCUAUAAUGUCUCGCUGAUCUUCAGUUGAAGUUGCCGGUACUUACUGCUAUCAAUAACAAGGGAAGCCAAAUAGUGUUUCUACCCUUCUGUGAUGCCCUUAAAUGUUUAUUAUGUGGCUCGAAUUUCAAGAAAAUCAGGACAUUUUUGUUGAGUGUAACUUAUGACGUUUCUCUUAACCCUUUCUUGUUACAGUACUUAUGUUUGAAAAGAUUCCACCUUGGGUCUUUUUGGUGUAUCUAUUCAGGGAAACAAUACCCAAACGUUUGGUGGCAUUUAAUAAGGAAUGGUGAAAUUUUGUCAUUCGUUGAGUACU